AACUGGCCAAAGCAAACGUGCGGCGUGAGCACACAAACUUCCACACGGAGACAUGGCGGCUGCGAUUUCCGUUAGCUCAGCUGCCAGAGACGAGAAAUCCUUCACUGGUGCCAAUUAUGCCCCGAAUCUACUCUAUAAAUGUUACGAUCAAGCAGCCGAACUCGAAAUCUUGGGGUUUGAAACGGGCGAACAAGUUGAAGCGGACACCGGCGAUGAAGGCUCACCGACGGCCAGUGGCUGUCCGCGACGGCCCGAUGAUGAACUGACGGCCCUUAGUCCAGAAGAGAUUGCUGGACGUUUGGAAAGAACAAGAAGGGAGUUUUAUAAUCGGCGAAAAAUAAUUAUCAAGAACCUCCCAGCCGAUAUCAGCAAUCAGGAGGUGCACGAGCUGUUAAGUAGCUAUGAUUUGAAGUACUGCUUUGUGGACAAAUACAAAGGGACCGCCUUUGUGACGCUACUGAACGGUGAACAGGCCCAGUUUGCCAUAAAGGAGUUUCAUCAGCAUGUUCUCCGUGAUCGUGAGAUCUCUGUGCAGCUGCAGCCGACAGACGCUCUGCUGUGCAUCGCCAACCUUCCCAGGGCUUUCACCCAGCAGCAGUUUGAUGAGCUUGUCCGCCCCUUCGGAAACAUUGAGCGUUGCUUCCUGGUGCACAGCUCCACCACAGGCCACUCGAAGGGCUAUGGCUUCGUGGAGUACAUGAAGAAGGACUCUGCAGCCAGGGCGAAGUCAGAGCUGCUGGGGAAGCAGCUUGGGUCACGAAUGCUGUACGUACACUGGACCGAGGUUGGCUCGCUUACGUUUCCCAUGCUACACUCGCUCUGCCUCUGUGUGGACCGACUACCUCAAAACAUCCUCAGUGCUCAGGAUCUCUGCAGUGUGCUGAUUGACACACACACUCCCACAUUCUGCCAGCUUGCUCAGGGUCAGGAUUGUAAUUUUCAACGGUUUGCAGUGCUGGAGUUCUCCACACCUGAGAUGGCUGAGGAUGUGCAGCGGCUGAUGGAUGGCAGAGCUUUGGGUGGCUCUCGUAUACGUGUGUCCUUCUGUGCCCCAGGACCACCAGGAAGAAGCAUGCUGGCUGCUCUCAUCGCCGCCCAGACCAUGGCCUUGAACAGAGGGAAAGGUCUCCUUCCUGAACCCAAUGCCAUGCAGAUCCUAACUGGCCUCAGUAACCCUGCCACACUGAAGAUGCUGCUGGCGUCUCUCAACCCAGGGCAUAAACAAGGCCUGCUGGGAGCUGUUCCCGCUGUACCUCUGAUGGCUAACCCUGCCCUCUCUGCUGCCCUCAUGCAGCUGCUGCUCCAGAACCAAGUCCAACAGGCUGGACUGUUGAGUGAAAAUCCUCUGGCUGCUCUUCCUCUCCAGCAAGGCAUUAACAUGAUGGGAGAGAUGUCUCAAGGCGCUAUGUCUUCAACACUGGGCUUGCAGAGUGAAACUCUUGGCCCCAUCAAACAACCAUCCCUCAGCCGACCUCUUGGGAGAGAGAACGAGACCCCAGCUACACCGACCAGCUUUCCCCCAGCAGCCUCUCUGGCACUGCAGGGACUGAAUUUGCCCUUCCUGUGUGGGAUGUUAGGAGCAGAUGGGCCGACUCUACCAGGGUCAUCUAUAUUGGGCGAGCCUCCCAAAGUUGGUGUAUCCCAGAAUCCUUUUCUCAGUGCCUCUAGCAUAUUCGCAUCCUCAGGUGCCAGCACAAGGGCUCACCCCUACAGGAAGAGAACAGCGCUUGGCAACACGUCUAACCAUCGUGCCAACCACAGCAUCCACUCAAACUACAGCCUGCACUUCCAGGAGUCUUGCACAUCAGAGUUUCCUCUGCACCAGGACUCUUUGUCUCAUUUGUAUGAGCAGCAGGAGGUUCUGGAAAAUGCAGCACUUCCCAGCUAUGGUCUGCAGCACUCCAGGCACACAGACUUUAGUGAUGCAGGAUCUCCUUUCAGCUAUCCUCCCAGCCCCCCCCAGUCCUCUUAUUUCAGCUUUGGAGCCCAUACCAGCAUCCUAUCCACCCAGCUCAAUAAGGCUGUUGGAAUGCCUCCAGUGACUCAUUCCAGCUUAUUUUCUGCUGCACCUGGUGCUGGUAUGAAGACUCCGGUCGGUGGGCAGAAGCGUCUGUUUUCCCGUCUCAUCCCGUCUCCAGAGCCCAGUCCAGAGGGUGGAUAUGUAGGUCAGCACUCUCAGGGUCUCAGGGGGCACUACGCCGACUCCUACCUGAAACGAAAGCGCAUCUUAUGACUGGCAUUCAAUGGCUUCCUUUAAAGAAUUGCUACUUUAAUAGUGUGUUUUUGUGUUUGAGGGUGAAAGAGCAAUGAACGGUCACUGAGGUCACACCAGUGAAAGGCCCCUGAAGCUCAGAUGAUCGGUCGCAUGGAUGAUUGCUGAAGUUUGUGUAUACAAUUUCAGUGUGUAUGUAAAUGGUAUUAUUUUUAUUUUGCCUUUUUUAUUUUUUAAUUAUUUUUUUUAAACCCAAAGAAGCAACAGAC